AUGAAGGAUAAAGAAAAAGAAAUACCUUCAGUUCCCACUUCAUAUCGUAUUUUAAUAAAGGGAGCCUCGUCAAAUGAUAAUAAACAAAUACGUUUGAAUGUAGAUGAUAAACGCCAUGUGUGGCGUCAAUGUUCUUUUAAGAAUCCAGCACGCUCAGAUGGAUUAGUAUUGAGACAUUGGCGUCACUUUGAAAAGGGGACCGAAUAUCUUUCGUCAGCCAGAAAGCAAAGGAAAGUGGUGAGAAACAAGAUUUGUAAGAAUAUCGACGACGAUUCGACUUGUACACUUGCUAGAAUCGACGAGGAGGAUUCCGUGCUUGACUCAUACUCCUUCGCCAGAGUGAACCCCUCCGUCAAAAUUUAUCGUUAUUCAGAUGAUUUCUAUAUGUUCCAUUUAGCAGACUUGGACCCAUCCUGGACUAAGGAUGAAACGGAUUUGUUAUUUGACCUUUGCGAGAUGUUUGAACUGAGAUUUAUCGCUAUUCACGACUGUUUUAAGUGGCGAAAAGAUAUUCCACUGGAGAAACUUAAACAGCGCUACUAUAGUGUUACAAAACGUAUAGUUGAAUUCCUCUUUGAGGAGAAGAUCAAAAAUGAGAUCAUGAAGCACGGAAACCCGAACCAUCCUGUAGUGUUGUCACUGAAGGACGAAUCAGCACGUCAUCCACUUGUGAAAUUCACAUACAACGCAGAUCAUGACCGUGAUCGACGGCAAAUGCUGGAGCGUAGUUAUAGGAUAACUCCAGAGCAACGAGAGAUGGAAGCUCAGUUGCUGAGUGACAUCAAGGCGGCCGAAACUAAACUAAAGUCUGAAGAGAAGAAGCGAAGUGAGAUGAAGAGACUUAAACGUAAAUUUAACGUAAAUGAGUCAGAUGUAAUUCCAACCCCUAGACUUGACCAGUUCCAAACAAAACCAGUUUGGCUCGCCAGUUCUUGCAUUUCAUUCUACAAAUCACAAUUGACUCAGCAUCAUAAUGACGCAGUGGAUGAGAUGCUAAAUGAACUGAACAUUUCACCGCCGGUUGUAUCUUCACAAGCUUCAAACGAACUUUAUUGGUAUUUCUAUACUAUAUAA